CGCGAACAUUGACCGGCCCUAAACCGGAAAGUGCCAGCUGCUCACCAAGUCAGUCCAAUAAUUACAACUUGUCCUCAACGUCCUCUAUUCUUUUGUUUCCAGUCGCUAGUCGCCCGUUCUGCAACGAGCACAAGGUGGCCUGCAAUUUAUUAUCUUGCUGGCCCAUUUCUAGACCCAUUGGAGAAUGAGCGUGGACAGGCGGAAUGACCGCCGAGUGAAGAGGACUGCCCAUUCAUCUCCCUACGCUCGCCCAGCAAAACACAGCAAGCCAGUUCCAACGAAAAAAUCGUUAUGGAGCAUUUCCGGUUUAAUGAGCUUCUUACGAUUCGGUGGCGCCGAGGAAGAUGAUCGAGCUGAGGAUCUGGUUCAGGAACAGGAGGGGCCUCCUCAUAUACCGGCUCGUCAAGUUCAACUUGAUCGGAACUCUGCGCCUGAAUUUGUGCUCCCUCUUCCUCCUGGUGAUGUACCGCCAGGGCAUGAGCCUUCACAUGAACUAGUUUACCCACCUGCUUGGGAUGCCCAACAACCGGAACCUUCUAAUGGGCCGUUCCAACCCGUCACGCCCGCCCGACAGCCUCUCUACAGUUUAAAUACACCACCUCACCAAACCAAUAUCGCCCCCUACUUGCAUCAAAGUCCGUCGCUUGCUAAGAACCUCGAGCCUGUCACUCGCUUCCUUGUCGAGAAAGCAGGGCGGCCUCUUAACGAAUUCGAGGCAGCUGGCAUCGUGGACUACAUCCAGAAGAACGUGCAAGCAGACAAACCGGAACCAUUCCGGUUCUCGACAUCUCCGUCGCGUGGAUCCUCUCCUAACCUUGGGUUCGGGACACCAAAUGGUGUAUCAAGCGACGCGCACGCUCCGAAAAAGACCCUUUCGCGCAAUCCAAACGGCAUAUUGCGCUGGCAGGGUGCGGGUAGUGCACGUCCACGCAACCGAUAUCGAUCGCCUGGCUUCGGGUCUCGGCCUCAAGGUCCUCGUAUUGAGCUAUCUCCCAUACGGACACCUUCCGCAACCGAUGCCAAACGUCGCCGUGUCGGCAAUGAAGCUGAGUCUUCGACUGCACAGAAGUCUGCGCCCCCGUCAUCGACGUCUAGCAUCAUAUUCCCGACUUCAAAUUCAAAUUCUCCCACCCGUUCCACACCUGCAAUUAACGAGAAGACUCCAGUUCCACCAGUGCCUGCAUCGACAUUGGCUCCGGCCGCUGUUGUUACGCCAAAGGUGAACGGAACAGCUACGCCUCGUUUACGCACCGCGGGUCUUUCUGUAAAGCCCACGACCCCAGCCGUACCUUCACCUUUACGGCAAACGUGGAAGCAGAACGAUUCACCGCCACAGCCUCCAACACGACCUACGCGUGCUGCCGACUAUAUGACGGGGCUCAUUAAAGAAAUCACUCCCCUCAAGAAACCUGACGUGGCAAACCCGUAUCAGACUGCCAGUCCUGUAAAGAUGCCCGCUAGAAAGCCUCCUGCAAGACAUUCGCGCCCUCCAGCAGAGAAAAAAGAGAAACAGCACAAGGAACCAGAAAUGACCGCGCAGGCGAUUAUUGAAGCUACAGUGCCGAAGGGAAGUAAGCGCGCACGGCCCCCGCCAGACAUGGAGAGGCAAGAGAAACCAACUCGCGAAGCUCAGGACACAUAUGUCCCGAUGACCAACGGUCAUAGCAAGACUGCAAAGCCAGUGAUUACUGCCGAAGAAGUCUCAGACCAGGACGAAAGCCCUACAAAGAAACGAAAGACCGCGAAACCUACUCCCGUCAUGCUAUCCGUGGAAGAGGUGCAGGAGGAUGUCGAGAUGGUUCAGGACAAAUCUUCGGUCUUCACGCGGCCUGCUGAGAUUAUCGAGCCAGUUGAGGAUGUCCCUUCGUCGCUUACUACGCCAAGCGCUACGCCGUUCUCUUUCUCACAUGCUCCAUCUCCGGCUUUGCCGAUGAAGACUGCAUUUGGAGCCAAGACAUCGGUUCCUAGGGAACCGUCCAAGUUGCGGUACAGUUACUACGCAGACAAGGAGACUGCGUCAGCUGAGGAGAAACCAAUGUCUGAGGUGCCGCCGGCACCGUUGAUGGCAUCCUGUAACCUUCCUAAGGAGACACAGACUACGUCCCCGAAGGCGAAGCUGCCCCCCAAAGAAGCUGUAGCAGCUAUGGAGGUCGAUGAAUUGGCGAAGUUUAGCUUCAAGCUUGCUGAGGCUGCCUAUCCCGCUGGGCCCAGCUACACCAAAGCUCGUAUCACAGCUGCAAGCAUGUCUAGGCCCUCCCUUCCUACCUUUGAGUUCAAACCAGUAGCCCCAUCUACAAACGGGUUCAACUGGACUGCAGCAGGCAUGAAGGCACCUGCCGCUACUACCUCUGGUACUUGGUCUUGCGGCACAUGCAUGCUGGAGAACCCUGACAGCGCCAAUGAUAAGUGCACAAUCUGCGACGCGCCGAGAUCAGGUGGUGUCGCAAAGCCUGCAGCCGCGGUGCCUCAGAAGAUAUUCGACUGGUCAAAAUCUGCUAUCAAAGUGCCUCCAACACAACACGCUGGGACUUGGCACUGUGAUACCUGCAUGCUUUCUAAUCCAGACAGCGCGAAGCUUAAAUGCACUGUCUGUGACGCGGCCCGUCCUGGUGCAGGUUCUGCCCCAGCUCCUAAAGGGUUUGACUGGUCUGCUGCAGGGUUGAAGGUCCCAGGCUCAUCUACGGAUACGUGGACUUGUUCCCUCUGCAUGCUGAAGGUCCCUACCAGUGCAACUAAGUGUACAGUUUGUGACACUGCUCGGGAUACGAUGGACUGAGUUUAGAAGAAAGCGGCGUGGAGAAUCAGUGGCAUAUACGCUCUACGUCAAGAGCAUGGAUGACUUUGGGAUCAGAACGAAAGUUGUAUAGCAUUAACGCGGUACUUGUCACAUGCAACCAUUAACUUGUUGCCCCGAGCACUGUCUUGUACAUCAUUCCACUGGUGUUUGUUUUUAUCCAUUACCGCGUUCAGGUUUUAGUUCAUACAUAUUUACUACAAGACUAGUCACUAUAACAUAUACACAACCAAUGAAGGUGCGGAACGGAGGAGUCAUUGGUUGUCAACACGGUG